AUGGAGCCCCGGGCAGUUGCCGACGCCUUGGAAACGGGAGAGGAAGACGCGGUGACAGAAGCUCUGCGGUCGUUCAACCGGGAGCACUCCCAGAGCUUUACCUUCGCGGACGCCCAACAAGAAGACAGGAAGAGACUCGCAAAGCUGCUCAUCUCCGUACUGGAGCAGGGAUUGCCACCAAAACACAGUGUCACCUGGCUGCAAACUAUCCGAAUCCUAUCCCGAGACCGCUGCUGCCUGGACUCGUUUGCCAGCCGCCAGAGUUUACAGGCACUAGCCUGCUAUGCUGACAUUAACGUGUCAGAGGAGCCCAUCCCACAGCCCCCAGACAUGGAGACCCUACUGGAGUCUCUCAAAUGCCUGUGCAAUCUCGUGCUCAGCAGUCCUACGGCACAGAUGCUAGCCGCAGAGGCUCGCCUGGUGGUGAGGCUGGCGGAGCGUGUGGGACUGUACCGCGAAAGGAGUUAUCCCCACGAAGUCCAGUUCUUCGACCUGAGGCUCCUCUUCCUGCUAACAGCCCUUUGCACCGAUGUGCGCCAGCAACUGUUUCAGGAGCUACAAGGUGUGCGCCUGCUGACGGAUGCACUAGAACUGACACUGGGCGUGGCCCCCAAAGAAAGCCCCCCAGUGAUGCUUCCGGCCCAAGAGACUGCGCGGGCCAUGGAGAUCCUCAAAGUGCUCUUUAACAUAACCUUUGACUCUGUCAAGAGGGAGGUGGAUGAGGAAGAUGCUGCCCUUUACCGGGACCUGGGGACCCUUCUUCGGCACUGUGUGAUGGUUGCCGCUGCUGGAGACCACACAGAGGAGUUCCAUGGGCACACGGUGAAUCUCCUGGGGAACCUGCCCCUCAAAUGUCUGGAUGUCCUUCUCGCCCUGGAGCUCCGUGAAGGAUCCUUAGAGUUUAUGGGAGUUAAUAUGGAUGUGAUCAGUGCCCUCCUCGCCUUCCUAGAGAAGCGUCUGCACCAGACCCACAAGCUGAAGGAGUGUGUGGCACCUGUGCUGAGUGUGUUGACGGAAUGUGCCCGCAUGCACCGUCCUGCCAGGAAGUUCCUGAAAGCCCAGGUCCUGCCCCCUCUGAGGGAUGUGAGGACUCGGCCUGAGGUGGGGGACCUGCUGCGAAACAAGCUCGUCCGCCUCAUGACGCACCUGGAUACAGAUGUGAAGAGGGUAGCUGCUGAGUUCCUCUUUGUCCUAUGCUCUGAGAGUGUGCCCCGAUUCAUCAAGUACACAGGCUACGGGAAUGCCGCUGGCCUGCUGGCUGCCAGGGGCCUGAUGGCUGGGGGCCGGCCCGAGGGCCAGUACUCGGAGGACGAGGACACCGACACAGAGGAGUACAGGGAAGCUAAGGCCAGCAUCAACCCUGUGACUGGAAGGGUAGAGGAGAAGCCGCCCAAUCCUAUGGAAGGCAUGACAGAGGAGCAGAAGGAACAUGAGGCCAUGAAGCUAGUCAGCAUGUUUGACAAGCUCUCCAGGCACAGGGUCAUCCAACCCAUGGGAAUGAGUCCCCGCGGCCACCUCACAUCUCUGCAAGAUGCGAUGUGUGAGACCAUGGAGGGGCAGCUCUCCUCAGACCCUGACUCCGAGCCUGACUGAAGACGGCAGCGGCUUUGCUCCCCUUCAGAACUGGUGCUGUUUCCAGACAUGUCCCUGGGGUGCUGCCAUGAGAAGCCACACUCCUCUCCUGCCGGGGAGCCUUUCUCUGUAACCCCCACACUAUUCAUCUUUUGCCUUUGGUC